AGUCCUUUUUAUUUUCAUCAAAGAUGGAGUCAUGGUGUGCUAAAACCAGACAUCAUCAUAAAUAUAGGCUGUGGAAGUACUUCUAUUUCUAUCUACUAUCGAAUGAUUCGUUCUACAAAGCAAUUCUACUCAUGGUGGCACACUCAUCUACUUGGAAGACAAUGUGACAAGGUGGCACCCCACCCAUCUCACCAUCUCAUCUGGGUUCAAGUCCCAGCUGGGCAACUCUACUCCCCUUCGCUACAAAUGGUGUCAGAAGUGGGAUGGUACCGUGAGGCCAUCGGAAGCGUACCCAUUGUGUGUGAGCCGUAAUUCCAUGUGAGGGACCCCCAGGAUUGGUGACCCCAGUGUGAGGGACCCCAGUGAUGGGUGAAGCGCACGGGUGCGCUUCCCGAAGGGGAAGGCAGUGUGAUGGAGUGACCAUCACUAGGGUUGUGGGUGUGUUCUGACUGACAUGCCAACGAGCCUGGCUCUUUGGUGUAGCGGUCAGAGCCCCGGUUUACUACCCCAGAAGAUCUGGGUUCAAGUCCCAGCUGGGCAACUCUACUCCCCUUCGCUACAGUGACAAAUAGUCAUACCUUUCUUUAAGUCUUCUUUAUUUUUGCAAAGAUGGGGUAAUAUUGCGCCAAAACCAGACGCCAUCAGAAACACACUAUACUUCGUAUUGGGAGUGAGUAGUUUAGCAGGGCCCUCGUGCUGGUAAUGACAGGUAAUGUGUUUUCAGAGGACACAUAGCCCAACUUUUUUUAGUAUUUAUUUUUCUUCCUCCCAUAUGUUUCUAAAGCAAAUGUUUUCACCCGAUUCUCUUUUGUGGCAUUUGAUCGAUUUUUGUGUACUUAGUUGGAACUUAGUCAUUUUAUUCCUUUCUCUUCCCUGGUAAAUUUGUAACAUUGGACUUUUGGAAUGUUUGGCUGUUGACCUCUGUAUCAUCUGUGUGUUUAACAUUAUCACAUCCUGUGGAUUUUCCAGGAUUUCUGUGGCAAAUAUUUGAACUCACUCCUCUGCACUUGAGUAAUCACUCCUCAACCUAAUCUCUGGGUGAUCAAUGGGUUUUUACGCCAGUGACUUGGUAUAUAUUGCUGACCCUACCUAACACAGUCACAGACACUGCUGCUGAACUACCUCUGCUAUUAAUUAGCCCACUGCUGCUACGGCCACUACUACUGCCAGUAAUAUACGGAGGGUUCUUAAAGUGACUGUGAAGAUGAGGGCCGCCAUCUCACUGCUGAUGCUGUUGUACUCCAUGUGUGCAGUCCAGACCAGGCCAGGCCAGGGCACUGAGACGGUUGAAGUCUCGACCCAACCACACAUCUCUGCUGAAGUGAAGGAACUUAGAGACAUGGUGGUGGAGCUGAGGGUGACACUGAGAUACACUCGAGAUGAGCUAAAGGUAUUGGAGACCGACAACGUGGCAGUGAAAGAAAGACUGGCAGCCAGUGAGACUAAGGUGGCGACCCUGGAUAGGGUGCUGCAUGACACCAAAGCAGAAAUGAAGACCGAGGUGGAUGAUCUGAAGAAGGAAAAUGCAGCACAAGAGGCAGAGUUGGCAGUAUUGAAAACAAGACUGGCUGCUAGUGAAGCCGAAGUGAUGAAUGUGAGGAAGGAAACUGCCGUGCUGUCCGCUGAUCCAAGGUCAGUUGCUCAAAGACUGGCGGACACUGAGACUGGCAUGGAGCAGUUGAAGAAAGACACUGCCACACAACAUACAGUCCUGGCUACUCUGAAGGCUGAAGUGAUAAAGCUGACCAAGAAUUGUGUAGCCACUGAAAACAAAGUAAGAGAACAGAAUAUGAGCAGUGCAGCACAUGACAAGGAACUGGCUGCUCUGAAGAGCAGUCUGGCUGCAAUGAAAUUGGAAUAGACAAUCUGAAGGUGGAAAAUGCAGAACACGGAGCAGAACUGACUGCAAUGAAGAGCAGAUUGACAGCUACUGAGACAGAGGUGGAGAAAAUGGAGAAAGAAAUCAAAUCAACACCCAAAGUGGCCUUCUCAGCAGGUCUGACAGAGUCAAGUUACAUAAAGGCUGGAAGUAAUGACCUUAACUUGGUCUUCAGAAGAAUUAUCACUAAUGUUGGAGAGGCUUAUAACAGCACAACAGGCUUCUUCACCGCUCCAGUCAGGGGAGUGUACUACAGUGUACUACCGCUCCAGUCAGGGGAGUGAACAGAUCCAACAACUCAACGUUGUCUUGUAAAUGAUAAUAAUGUGUAUUUUAACGAUUUUCAAUAAACCACUUUCAAACGAGGGUAACUGUGGAAAUACUUCUAUUUCUAUCUACUAUCGAAUGAUUCGUUCUACAAAGCAAAUCUACUCAUGGUCGCACACUCAUCUACUUGGAAGACAAUGUGACAAGGUGGCACCCCACCCAUCUCACAAUCUCAUCCCACCACUUAGUUAAGGCGGCCACCUCGACAACAAACACCAACGGUACCACCUUGAGUGGGUCCACUGAAAUGAGAGAAAUAGACUCACUAAAUGUUAUUUCAGGUGAAAUACACAAGACAAAAUG